GACGUGUUACGUAGUUAGCGCCGCCAGGUCGGUAUUCCCAGCGAUCAGUACGCCUGUUGUAUAAUAGCCGCCCGGUGCAGUUACGCUGGUUGCGCAGUUGUUCCUGAGGUCCCGUUACUCGCCAUGUUUCAUGUCAGGGUUGCCCGGCUAUUACCAACUCUGCUGGGAGGCCGAGCCCUGCACCGCACACAGGGACACCCCGCGGCCAGGGUGGCAGUGGUCCUGUCUGGCUGCGGUGUUUACGAUGGGUCCGAAAUCCAUGAGGCGUCUGCAAUCCUUGUCCACCUGAGCCGUGCGGGGGCCAAUGUGAAGAUCUUUGCUCCAGAUACCUCCCAGAUGCAUGUUAUUGAUCACAGUAAAGGUCAGCCCACACAGGAGAGCAGGAACGUGUUGGUGGAGUCGGCUCGAAUCGCACGCGGUGACAUCACAGCUUUGUCCAGUCUGAACGUGCAGGAUCAUGAUGCGGUCAUAUUCCCAGGAGGAUUUGGAGCGGCAAAGAACCUAUCCUCCUUUGCUGUGGACGGGGAGUCAUGUGGCAUUAAUUCAGAUGUGGAACGUGUUCUGAAGGAUUUUAACAAAUCAAAGAAACCUAUUGGCUUGUGCUGUAUUGCUCCUGUCUUGGCUGCUAAGGUUAUUCCUGGGGUGGAGAUUACCGUGGGGCAAGAAGAGGAACAUGGUGGCAAAUGGCCAUAUGCAGGCACCGCAAAAUCCAUCGGUGCUCUUGGAGGUAAACACUGCGCCAAGGACGUGCACGAGGUCCAUGUGGAUAAGCGACACAGUGUAGUCACCACACCUGCGUUUAUGUGCAAUGCACCUCUGCAUAAGAUAUUCGAUGGGAUUGGGGCCAUGGUUACUGGAGUCCUGAAACUAACUGAGAAGAAAUCCUAGCUGUACCUUUAAAUAUUGCACAAUGUCAGGAUGAGGGCUGGACACAUGAAAAUGUCAUGCUACACGUGAACAAGAAGAAAUCCGAGAGCAGACAUUAUCAAAACUGAACUAAUAAACAUUCAAACCUUCUAUUAA